ACGCCGGAAGCUGCAACUGCCCAGCGGAAGAGGCGCGUCCUGGCUUUCCGCUAGCUAUGUCCGCGAACAGUAUGUCGGACCCACGGAGGCCGAACAAAGUGCUGAGGUACAAGCCUCCGCCGAGCGAGUGUAACCCGGCCUUGGACGACCCGACGCCAGACUAUAUGAACCUACUCGGCAUGAUCUUCAGCAUGUGCGGCCUCAUGCUGAAGCUGAAGUGGUGUGCUUGGGUCGCUGUCUACUGCUCCUUCAUCAGCUUCGCCAAUUCCCGGAGCUCGGAGGAUACCAAGCAGAUGAUGAGUAGCUUCAUGCUGUCCAUUUCUGCCGUGGUGAUGUCCUAUCUACAGAACCCUCAGCCCAUGACGCCCCCUUGGUGAUGCCAGUCUAGAGGGGUCACAUCCUGGACCCCCUCUAUUCAUCUUCCCCCAGGCCUGGCCUUUGGCUGGUCAGCCUCCUGCCCUCACCUGUUGUCUGGGGCUUCCUUGGGUGAGGUGGUCUCAGGGCUCUCAGCUGAAUGGGAGGAACCUGGCCCUUUCCCUGGGCCCCGCCUCUGCUAGGGUACGAGGGGAACAUCCUAGGCUUACACCUGUGCCCUCUUCCCUCACCCUGCCUGCUGCUGGUGGAAGUGCUGUCUGUGUUUCUAGGCACUUCCACUUCUUUUUGCGUUGAAAUCAGCUAAUAAAGUUUUUCACUCUA